ACUAUUAUAUAAGAGAGGAUAAGCAGGCAUGUCAUGGUCUGUUGUCUGCUUCAUCAUAGGGGCAUUUUUGACAUUUCAUGUGCUGCUGACAGUUCACCCUAGUUUGCCACGUAGAAAGCACCGCUUGCAAUUUUGUUACAUCUCAAUUUUAUCUCCGCUGCUUUGCUUUGCUCUGCUUCUGUUUCUUCUUCUCCAGAUUUAGUGGUUUCACUUUAUGCACUACUUUUUCUUCUUCAGCAAAAAGAGCAGAUCUUUGGGGUUUUCGUUUGAUAUUCAAUCUUUUAACUGAGGACUAAUGACUUCUGAACAAAAGAACAAACAUGCUUGCUCGGCAAAAUCUGAAGUUGAGAUGAAACUUAGGCGACAUGAAACGUAUAGACUAGUAUCUGCAGAAAAAAAGGAGGCAUUGUUACUACAACGACGAACAAAAAGACGAGUCAAAAACGAGUAGUUUUUCUGGCAAUGUUGCUUCUCAUGCCGCUACUGAAGCUGCAACUGAGUUUCAGCAACAGAAUGUUCCUGUGAGGAGCUCUUCUUCUGUUUCAACAACAGCCAACGAGCCUCACGUUGAUGCUUCGCCAAUUACAUUUGACAAGCAAAAUAAUAGAACUAAUCCCUUCUACUCCUUUGAAGUAGGCAAGUAUCAAGGAUCCAACAUUGACUUUUAUCUCUACAAUACAUAACAUCUUUAUUUAUUGCUAAUUUAUUACUUUUUGGCGUUAGGCUCAACGUCACGUGCAUCUAAUGAAAACAAUAGUAUGAGCUCGAGAAUGAUUGGAAAAAAAGGUUUGCACCAAUUUUUUAUUAUGAUAGUGUUGUAUAUUACCUAAUUGCAAAUAUUAUACUAAUAAUACCUAAAUAUACAGGUUAUAACUCACAAAAAAAGGGUUGUCCAUACGUAGGUCAAUUACAAUCUGAUUAUGUUGCCUUGAAGACUGUUCCUAACUGUAAAUUUUGUGGUGCAAAAAAAAUUGAAUAUGAACCACCUGGAUUCUGCUGUAACAAUGGUUCGAUCAAGUUAGUUUCACAUGAAAUGCCUGCUGAACUGCAACAUUUAUAUUUAGGAACUACCGAAGAAUGUAAACAUUUUCGAACAUAUAUUAGAACAUACAAUAAUAUGUUUGCAUUUACAUCACUUGUUGUAAAUUAUGACAGAGAAUUAGCAAAAAGAAAUCGUGGUAUUUAUACAUUUAGAGUUCAAGGGAAGAUGUACCAUUUUAUAAAUGAUUUAGUCCCCUCGAGUGGAAUAGCAAGAAAUCUACAACUAUACUUCUACGACAACGAUAACGAAUUGGCUAACAGAAUGGCUUGCUCAGAAAAAAUUCAUGAAUCAAUAGUCAAAAAACUAAUGAAUAUUCUGAGAAUUAAUCCAUACUCUAUUUUCUUAAAAUCCCUAAUAGAUGUUCCAAAUCUAUCGAACUACAAUAUUGCACUUAAAUCUGAUUCAGGCUUAGAUCAACGUGUAUACAAUCUUCCUACUACAUCAGAAGUUGCAGGAAUAUGGGUUGAAAAAGAAAUCACUGAGCUCAGUUUUGCACCUCAUAUCCGAAUCUACACUCAUAGCAACAGAUCUCAAGUAGUGAACUAGUAUUACGGAUGUUAUGACCCUUUACAAUAUCCAUUAUUAUUUCCAUAUGGUCAAAGUGGAUGGCAUUGUGGCAUUAAAAAAAUUAUACAACCAAAGGUUACUUCUAAACGUCGAGCCUAUUGUGAACAUGAAGAAUUACCAAGUAUUAGAAAUAUGUGUUCUGUUGAUGGAUACCUUCACAUGGAAGCUCAAAAUCUUGAAAAAGGAAAAAGAAAAAGAGAUAAUAUUUCUAUUCGUGAAUAUUACUGUUAUAAGUUCCAAAUGAGAGAAGAUGAAACAAAUGAACCUUUGUAUUCUGGAAGAUUAUUUCAGCAAUAUUCAGUAGCUGAACACAAAACUUGAAACACAAAGAUUGGACUUCUUUUCAUUCAACCCAGAUCUCUUUAGAAUCGAAAUGCUACAAGGACUCAUUGAUGUUUUAAGACUUGGAGAAAGAGACGCUUCAAAUAUAGGAAAGCAAACAUUCCUUCCUGUUAGCUUUAUAGGAGGACCAAGGGACAUGCGUCGGCGUUACAUGGAUGCUAUUUCUUUAGUACAACAAUUUGGAAAACCUGAUCUGUUCAUAACGAUGACUUGUAAUCCAUCUUAGCCUGAGGUAAAAGAGCACUUGCUAUUAACUGACGAAGCACAAAACAGGCCUGAUUUAAUUAGUCGAGUUUUUAGAGCAAAGAUAGAAGAACUAAAAACAGAUAUAUUAAAAAGAAAUGUCUUUGGAAAAGUUGCAGCUUUUAUGUAUACUAUAGAAUUCCAAAAGCGUGGUUUACCGCAUGCUCAUUUCCUUAUUAUACUUACUAAUGAAUACAAACUACUUACUCCAGAAUCUUAUGAUAAUAUUGAUCGUGUGAUUCUAACACUGAAGAAACCCUAUAUAAACUUGUUCUCCAACAUAUGAUACAUGGACCUUGUGGCAAGUUAAAUCCUACAAAUUCAUGUAUGCAAAAGAAAAAAGGUUGUUGCAAAUUCAAAUAUCCAAGAAGCUUUGCUGAUCAAACUUCAAAAGGAAAAAAUUCUUACCCAAUUUAUAAAAGGUGAAACACGGGACUUGUGAAAGUCAAAGAUCACUAUUUUGAUAACUCAUGGGUUGUUCCUUAUAAUCCAUUCUUACUUGGGAAAUUCAACUGUCAUAUAAAUGUUGAAAUUUGUUCAGAUUUUAAAGAUGUUAAAUAUAUUUAUAAAUACAUCUGCAAAGGACAUGAUAAAAUCGCAUUUCACAUACAUGAUAAUGAUGCAAAUGUUGAAGUAGAUGAAAUAAAAGAAUACCAAUCUGCUCGAUGGGUAUCACCACCUGAAGCUACAUGGCGUUUAUUUGGUUUCCCUAUUAAUGAAAUGACACCAGUUGUUUAUCAUCUUCAGUUACAUCUUGAAGGACAACAAUUUGUUUCUUUUAGGAGUGCGUCAAGUAUAAACUCAAUUAUGAAUAAUCCUCUGAUUAGAAAAACACUGUUAACAUAAUUUUUUACUAUGAACAAAACAAAUAAAGAUGCAAUAAAGCUCAAUCUACUGUACAAAGAAUUUCCACAAUAUUUUGUAUGGUCAGUACAGUAUAAAAUGUGAACCCGUCGAAUAAAGGGUAAUGUCAUUGGACGUGUUGUAACAUGUCAUCCGACGGAAGGUGAAAGAUAUUAUCUGAGAUUAUUAUUAAUGAAUAUAAGAGGACCAAAAUCCUAUGAAGACCUACUAACUGUAAAUGAAGUAUGUUGCAAUACAUUUAGAGAAUCUGCUCAAAGAGAGGAUUACUUCAUUGUGACAAUAAUUUAGCUGAAUGUAUGGUAGAAGCCGAGAGUUAUCAAAUGCCAUGCAGCUUGAGACGCUUGUUUGCUACAUUAUUAGUAUAUUGUGAUCCUGCUAAUCCAAGAGAAUUAUGGGAGAAAUUCGAGGACUCUAUGUCUGAAGACUUCAAAACUUUACCAGACAUUGAAACAAAAAGUAUUCGAUAUAAAGUUUUAGACUGUCUCAAUGACAUUUUACAUUCAAUGGGACAUAACAUUAAUGAGUAUAAACUUAUCCCUGAAAAUUUCAACGCUUCAAAGGCUGCCAAAGAAGCCAAAGAAAUAUUCUUUGAAAGAAACAUAACCGUUACUGAAGAAGAGCUAUUAUUGCGACAAAAGUUGAACCAUGAACAACAAAUAUCAUACAAUGUGAUUAUAGACAGAAUAUCUUUGAACAGAGCAGGAGCUUUUUUUGUUGAGGUCCAGGAGGAACAGGUAAAAACAUUUUUAUAUCGUGCCUUAUUAGCUACCGUACGAUCUAAAGGAUUUAUUGCUCUAGCAACAGCAACCUCUGGAGUUGCGGCCUCGAUUCUUCCAGGUGGCCGUACAACUCAUUCGCGUUUUAAAAUUCCCAUUGACAUUGAUGAAAACUUUAGUUGCAAUAUUAGCAAACAAAGUUCGCUUGCCUGUUUGAUUCGAGAUACAAAAUUAAUUGUAUGGGAUGAAGUAUCGAUGGCAAAAAAGAAAAUGAUUGAAACUUUUGAUUUACUUUUGAAAGAUCUUUUGAAUACUAAUGUGCUUUUUGGUGGUAAAGUUGUUGUCUUUGGUGGUGAUUUUAGACAAACUCUACCAGUGGUUCGAAACGGAAAAAAGGAAGAUUUUAUUCAUGAAAGUUUAUUAUAUUCUGAGAUUUGGCCCCGACUUGAAAAAUUGCUACUAUCAGAAAACAUGCGUGCAAAAACUGAUCCUGCCUAUUGUGAAUAUUUGAUGAGAAAAGGAAACGGAAAAGAACCUCUUACUUCUGAAAACAAAAUUAAAAUUUCAAAUUCAUUUAUUGUUCCUUAUACUACUGAAGAGGAAUCUUUGAAUGUGUUAUUUGAAACAACAUUUCCUAAUAUGCAUGAUUUCUUCUGUGAUGCAUCUUCUGUGACUUCUCGUGUUAUUUUGACGACGAAAAAUGAUUUUGUGAAUGAAAUAAAUGAUAUGCUUAUAGGCAAAUUUCCAAAAGAAGGUAAAACAUUUGUUGCAAUUGAUGAAACAUGUGAAUCGAAUGAUCAAAGUCAGUAUGAAGGUUUUUUGCAUUCUUUAAAUCCUGCCGGUUUACCUCCUUAAAGAUUGACUUUGAAAGAAAAUUGUCCAAUUAUAUUACUACGAAAUUUGAAUCCUUGCGAAGGUUUAUGCAAUGGCACAAGAUUGACAUGUUGUGAUUUUAAAACUCAUGUUAUAAGUGCAAAAAUUGCAAGCGGUGACUUUAAAAAUACACGUGUUCAUUCCGAGAAUACCAUUGAUGUCAUCACAAGAUGAAAAAUUACCUGUACAAUUUAAAAGAACACAGUUUCCAGUAAGACUCUGUUUUGCUAUGACUAUAAAUAAAGCACACGGUCAAAUAUUAGAUUUUGUUGGAAUAUAUUUACGAGAACCAGUGUUUUCACAUGGUCAGCUUUAUGUUGCAUUGUCGAGAGCAAAAGCUUCCAAUUGUGUCAAGUUAUUAAUUCGACCCCCAAACCCAGAUAGUGAUGACGAUUAUUCUACAUACAACAUAGUUUAUGAUGAAAUCAUUCAAAAGGCUUUCUUGUGAAUCCUUAACAUGUUAUUUUGUAGCGUUUGCUGAAUUAAACAGAGUUGAACAUACAUUUUUAGCACAGGAACAUCCACCUUGUUUAUGGCACAUGCACUUCGAAAUUCCCAGAAUAAGGUUGAUGCACACAGUUAAGUGUAUUUUGUCAACUUCUACAUCUGAUGAUAAAAGAUAAUUUGUUGCUAUACAUAAAUUUGUCAAAUAGGCUGUACAACAAUGUUUUUUCCCUCAUAUAUUCACUGCUUUCGAAUUGCUUCUAAUCAGGUUGCUUGGAUCAAUGAGCUUGCUUGCCAAGAUUUAUUUAUGCUGUUUUGUUUGGUUUUUGAAUGUAACUAUAAGUUAUUACCUUAAAUAUAUAGUGCAUAAUAUAAAUUUAUUCUCCAAAAUACUCGCGUGAUGUGCAUCAUUUAUCGAAGUCGCAAAAUCAAGUCUUAACACUCAAACCGAUCAGAUGCAAAUGGCUCAGCUUGAAGAAGCAAGAGUUUCAUUUUUCUUUGUAUAGAAAGGUGAUUCUUAUUUUGCUGUAUAAUUAUUUUGAAUUGUCAUUUUGCAUAUAGAAACUAUAUUUAAAGGUGACAUGUUUGUUGAAGAAGCAAGUUCGUUUUACUGUUCUCUGUUGACCAGUAUUAUAUAGUGCAUCAUGUUCUAUUCUCUUUGGAUUGUAACCUAUGUUAAUCAAUUUAAUAACAUCUCAAAUGGAGCAGUAUAUCAUUACAACAAAUAAAUUACCUCUCUGUUCAUAGAUUAGUGUUUAAUUUUUAUCUUUUUCAGAAGUUAUUAUAUAUACACACGUUAAUCAGUUUUUGUGUAGAAAAAAGACAUAUUUCCUUUUGUCAUUUAUAUAGCAGUUUUCUUGACAAAAGUAGUGAUAAAGAUAACCAACUUUCCGAAUAUACAUAAACCCAAAGAGAAGAAAAAAGAAGAGGGGGAUGGAAAUGAUUAAUUAUCAGCUUGGAAUAAGUUCUUACCAAGAUUCUUUAAAAGUUCUUGAGACUAAUAUUCAGCAUACCAAUGCUCUAUAAAUUUCGCUUUUCAUCUUUGCUUUCUAAAGACUUAAAUUUUUUCGCUUUCUGGGCAUCAACUUACCAUUACUGCCUUAUAUUGAUAUGCUUCCUAUUUUCGAUAGCUGCUUUGAUAAUAAAGACCACGAUUCUGCUUUUACGUAAUUGGAAGGAGAUAACAGUUAAUUAAUUUGUUAGGACUUUGUAUUAUCCUUUUUUAGCUAUUGAUGCUUUAACGUGGCUCUACCACUGCCAAACCAAUAAUUUGCUGACUUUGGUGUUGGAGGCAAGAGAGCCUAUUUUUAGCUUCAGAAAUGGUUUAAUUUUUUGUUAUUUCUUUAGAAAAAGGUACAGCCCAAUUGCUUAUUUUUAUGGUUCUGUUGAAAAGAUAAGAUUGUUUUCACUUUGCUUUUUGCGUCGUAUCUUGCAGCUGUAACGUCUGAUGAAAAUUGGGAUUUAGAGGCUUUUUCUCCACCAUAUUCGUGCUUGAACCUUUUGGCAUUUGAAAAAUCGUCAUCAGUAUCAAAUCUUUUAUGCUGUUUUUUCUUUCAUGUCUUGGACAUGGUAAGGAUUUUGCGGCUGAUAGAUUUUAAUUCUUGUUUGUGUCAAAUGAAGGUUGGUAACAGAAUGGUUGGUUCUGCAGCCUCUGUUGAUUAUGAGCCUGCUUUCUUUAGAAACUGCACUGAAGAGGAGGCUGUUAAUCCAUGGAGUAAAAGUCCUUUGAAAAUGGAGGCUGACAAUAUUAGUAGCAGGUAUUUUGUAUUAGCUCUGAAGGUAUGCGGCAGUUAUUUCAGGAAGGACGAUAUUGUAGAACGACAGAGAGGAGUUUGCGAAUUUGUUGUAUUUCUGUAGUUGGGAAUAUGACUCCACUAUGUUAUUUUCUUGAGUAUGGAAUAAAUGUACACUGAUUAAUUAUUACUCUCUGAUUUAUUUUAUAUGACUUCUUUUUCUCUUUUUACUUUAUUAAAAAAUAACAUUUAUAAAUUGAAGAAAUCUACAACUAUACUUCUCAUUGCUCAUGAAUUCACAUUAUUUGGUUUCUGCACAGCUUAAGAGCGUGCUUGAUCCCUGUAAGGAUAGGAAUGACAACAAUCAAGAUAAUAGUUUGGGCUUGGGAGCUGAUUUCUUCCAGGUGAUGACUGUGAUUCUGAUAGUGAGGUAGAAACAUUAUAUCUUCAAAUCUCAAUCAUAUAUAAAACUUGACUGCAUUUAGUAUGUUCUUAAAUUUGUUUGCGCAGACUUAAGUCUGUGAAAUGAUGAUAUAUUUUAGUUCAGUCACUAUGAUGAUGACCAAGGCAUAGUUGCGCUAAUCGGUAAUACAUAUGUCUACACUUGACUAAUUUAUUUAUACAUUUCCUUACCUAAAUACUUCUGAAUCACAUAAGUUUAAAUACCAAAUAAUCUCUUCACAGAGAAGCAAGAUUCUCAGGUUAAUGGUAAUAUGGAUGAUGAAGGUACUGUUUACUUUCAUAAAAAAUACUGCCAACGUCCUACUGCACCACGUACCGAAUACCUCUAAUGUGCUAUUUAGUUUUUCAGAUGAUAUUCAGGAUCCAGCUGAAGAUGAGCAACAAUUUGGUAGGCUAAAGGACUGGAUCAACUCAUACCACCUUCACAAAAUUGAAGUGACUGAUCUCUCUCAUUUCUCCGACAUCUCAGUGAAAUUCAACUAUGAGUUCGACACUGUGAAAGAAGAAAAUGACGGCCAACAAUACCCAAAGGGUAACCAAUCUCCGCAUCGCAAGGGUGAAGAAUAAAUGUACAUGAAGGUGCGCCCUCUUCCAACCAUCUAGAUGCCUGCCUGUCAAUGACUCAAUGCUGAUUUACCCAUGCAUUUUGGUCACAACCUCAAUCUUGCUCUGUACAACAACCUCAAAGGUGUUGUAUAGGUGUCCAAAGUUGCUACAAUCUUCUCCAAAAUCUAUAUAGUAGCUGGGACAACAAGUGACCUUAGAAGAUGACACGGAGGACAAAAACAACAUAGCAAAAUGCCCUGCUUUGUGUGAAAUGUUGUCGAGGCAUCAUGUCUUGACCAAGAUAAUUGGCAGAGGAGAGGACUUUCUAUUUGUACCACCUGUUACCUGUGUGAAAGCUGACAAAGAAUCCAUAAGGCAUUUAAACCUUUUUGAUGUUGAAUGCGUUAUGCCACACAAAGAAUUGAAAAAUCAUUCUUCUAUUGUAAAAUAAAAAUGUAUACAAAAGUUACGUUUGUAAAACAGGCAAACCUACCAAAAGCUAUAUGCUUUAUUAACUAACCACAUAUAUCAAUUGGUACAUGACAUUAUAUGUA